AUGGAACACUCAAAUAAAACAUCUUCUGUAAAGUUCAUUCUGCUGGGGUUAUCUAGUGACCCGUACCUCCAGGUGGUCUACUUCCUGGUAUUCCUGGGUAUAUAUCUGAUCACCUUAUCAGGAAACCUUCUUCUCAUCAUCGUGGUGAGGAUCAACCCCAAGCUACAGACCCCCAUGUACUUCUUCCUGAGUCACCUCUCCAUUGUUGACCUUUGCUUCUCCUCCACCAUCGUCCCCAAACUUUUACUCAACACCCUCUCCGAGGACACAAGUAUUUCCUUAGACGGAUGUGCGGCACAGAUGUUCUUCUCUUUAGUCCUUGGGGCAGCAGAAUGCCUAUUGCUUGCUGUGAUGGCCUUUGACAGGUAUGCGGCGAUUUGUAAACCAUUGCACUACAACUCCAUCAUGAACAAAAGACUCUGCAUUGGUUUAGCAUUCAUAGCAUGGAGUGGAGGUUCAGUAAAUGCCACCAUUCAUGUUGUCCUCACCUUCCAACUGCCCUACUGCAAGUCCCAUCAUGUCAAUAACUUCUUCUGUGAGGUGCCUCCAUUCUUACGUAUGUCCUGUAGGGACCCGAGACUUAAUGAGAUCGCCAUGUAUACUGCAGCUGGGAUCAUUUCUUUAUGUGCUUUCCUAUUGACUCUAAUUUCAUAUGUUCAUAUUAUCUCCACAAUCUUGAAGAUCCGUUCCUCACAAGGGAGGCAAAAAGCUUUCUCCACUUGUGCUUCCCAUCUCACGGUUGUCACCCUCUACUAUGGGACUAUUAUGUUUAUCUAUCUACAACCACGCUCAUCUAUCUCUCCUGAAGCCAACAAGGCGGUGUCUAUUGUCUACACAGUGAUCACCCCAAUGUUGAAUCCAAUUAUCUACAGCAUACGUAACAAGGACAUUAAGGGUUCCAUAAUAAGGAUUCCCCCAAGACAAUCCAAUGGUUUUCCUUAA